CUGCUUAGGCAUGCUCUGAAAUACGACCGCGCACAAUUCUACGCCUCGCUGAAUGAGCACAUCAGCGCAGAGCAAAUUCAGCACAUUCAGGAUCUUGUUGAUCGCAGAAUUGACAGGGAGCCUCUCGCGUACAUCACGGGACAAAGGGAGUUCUACGGUUUGGACUUCUUCGUCAGUCCCAAUGUCCUGAUUCCGAGACAGGAGACCGAGCUACUCGUUGACGCGGCGUUGGCGUUCGCGCGGGAGCAUCCCGUUGGUGUUAUCGCAAUCGCCGACAUUGGCACAGGAAGCGGCGCGAUCGCCAUAGCCAUCGGAGUCAAUCUACCGGACUCGCGAGUGUACGCCACAGACUGCUCUGCCGAUGCAUUGGAAGUUGCCAAUUGCAACCGUCAAAGGCACGGCGUUGCCGACCGAGUUUCACUCCAUAGAGGAGACUUGCUCGCACCCAUAGUUCAGCGUAUUGACCUGAUAGUCUCAAACCCGCCAUACAUUGCCAAUCACCUGCUGCCCGGAUUGCCCUCCGGAAGUUCUACGGGAACCUCAACUCGCCCUCGACGGCGGCGAACAAGGCUUGGAAGUUAUACGCCGGCUGCUAGAACAAGCGCCACCAAAGUUGAAUGA